AUGCAGAAAUUGGCCGAUUAUGUAGGUUUGCCCUGCAGGAUAGCUCGAGGCUGCAGGUACUGUGUUGCAGACCAUCGAUCUUCCUGCCUUGUAAAAGUUGAGGAUGACAUGAGGUCAUCAAGGGAAUUUGUAGUUGACCUAGUUGGGGAACCGGGAAAUGUGCAUGGUCCAGAUUUUUCCAUAAGUGAGGGAGUUCUUUCCUCAGUGCCUUCGCCAUUUCAGAUUUCUCAUCUAAAAGAACAUCAAGAUCCUUACUUGGAUCGUGAAGUAUGUAGUCAAAUGCAAAGCUCAAAGAAAUUUUGCACUCCUAAAAAUAUUCUCUAUUCAGGCAAUGAGGAAGGUGGUCAUGCAGUGCAGGGGAUUGGCCUGCACCACAAUCUGAGGGAUACAAUGUACUGUCUGACUAAUCAAGCUUCUGGAAGUGCAAUACGUGCACCUAUUAUUGCCGGUAUAGCAGUGGAUGAAUGCUCUCUAUCCAGAGAUGAAAAUGUAGUUGUUAGCCAGGGAUACAAAAACGAGAUCGUCAUGUCUGGAAAUUCAGUUGUAUGUGCUGCUGGCAUGCAAAUUGCUAAGUUGACGUUGCCUGUUAAGACAAGUUUGAUGGAUGUUGAGAGCCGACCUAAGAAGUGCGGGAGGUAUCCUGCUGGUGGCCAUUCUAGAUACUUGAAUCUUGAACCUUCGCUUGCAACGGAUUGGCUUGAGAUAUCAUGGGAUGAAUUACAUAUUAAGGAGCGUGUUGGUGCUGGUUCAUUUGGGACUGUACAUAGAGCUGAAUGGCAUGGAUCGGAUGUUGCGGUCAAGGUGCUGACUAUCCAAGAUUUCCAUGAUGACCAGUUCAAGGAGUUCCUGAGGGAGGUUGCAAUUAUGAAACGUGUUCGUCAUCCAAACGUCGUUCUUUUCAUGGGAGCUGUUAUGAAGAGUCCACAUUUGUCGAUUGUGACAGAAUAUUUACCUAGAGGAAGUCUGUAUCGCUUGAUACACAGGCCUGCAGCUGGAGAAAUAUUGGAUCAGAGGAGGCGGCUAAGGAUGGCUCUGGAUGUGGCGAAGGGCAUCAACUAUCUUCAUUGUUUGACUCCUUCCAUUGUUCACUGGGACCUCAAAUCUCCAAAUCUGUUGGUUGAUAAAAAUUGGACUGUAAAGGUUUGUGAUUUUGGCUUGUCAAGAUUCAAAGCAAGCACGUUUAUCUCAUCAAAGUCUGUUGCUGGAACGCCUGAGUGGAUGGCCCCUGAAUUUCUUCGAGGAGAGCCCUCAAAUGAGAAGUCUGACGUCUACAGUUUUGGAGUCAUCUUAUGGGAGCUUGUGACUAUGCAACAGCCUUGGAGUGGACUUGGUCCAGCUCAGGUUGUUGGUGCGGUAGCUUUCCAGAAUAGAAGACUCGUUAUUCCGCCUAAUACAUCUCCUAUCCUCACGUCUUUAAUGGAAUCAUGUUGGGCUGAUGACCCUGCACAGCGUCCGUCCAUUAAGAGCAUUGUGGAGACACUAAAGAAGUUGUUGAAGUCCCCGAUGCAGCUGAUACAAAUGGGAGGGCCAUAAAGGGGCAUCUCCAAUUCUUGUUGUCAGGCGUUUUGACGAUUUUCGGCACUUUGGUACACCUAAUUGUCCAUUGUGGUGUGGUGAAGAAACCACAAUUUAAAGUAAUGUAGAUAGAGAUCGUUACGGAGUUAAAGCAACAAGUGGAGAUAGUUUCUUAGCUAACCUAUGGGAAGAAGAAGUUAAUUAAAGAUGUCCACUGCCUGUUAUAUUUGCAUCUUUGGGAGAUCCUGUAGCAGGUUUCCUGCAGUGCAAAGCCGCUGGUGUUCCUGUGAGCAUCUUUUUUUCAUGCCUAGCGACAAAUAAACAGCCGUAUACCAUGUAUUGCAUUUGCAGGCUUACUUUGUUGGCCAUAAUGAGCCAGAAGCAGAGCCAUAAUGUAUUGCAUUUGCAGGCUUACUCUAGUUUAUGUAAUUUGAAUAAUGUUAAUUAAAAUUCAGCUAAUAUUUUUUUUU